CCGCGUCCGCGACGUACUCUUCAUACUCGCACUCGUCCUACACACCUGGACACGCGCGUAUGGACAGCGGGUCGUCCGGCGCCGAGGGGACGGGGUAUGCGCCCAGCAGUUGGCCGCUGUCGAGCAAACACGACUCCGGAGAACCACCCGUCUCCCCGAUAUACGCGGGUAGUGUGAGUGGGUCCGACGCGUCUGUCACGGGCGGACUGAGCCCGCCUAUCCGGAGCAACCAGGUUUCUGGGCGGCCGGGAGCCGCGAGCGAGGGUGUGAGACCGGGCGCGCCGGGGCAAGUUCGCUCAGCGAACGGGAAGACAUACUCGUUCGUCAGCCUGCCAGGAAAUGCCGUGAAGAAGCGGCCGAGGCGGCGGUACGAUGAGAUCGAAAGACUGUAUCAGUGCAGUUGGCCAAAUUGUACCAAAGCAUACGGGACGUUGAACCACCUCAACGCGCACGUUACAAUGCAGAAGCACGGUCCCAAAAGGACUCCCGCAGAAUUCAAAGAACUGCGCAAACAGUGGCGUCAGGCAAAAAAGGAAGCCGAGGAGCAGGAGCGUGAGCGUGAGGUCGCCGCUCAAGCGCAUGCUCACGCAUUUUCCGGCAACCCUCUCGCCUCCGCGGGCUUCCAGAUGCGCGUCGCGACGGGUCACCAACACGGGCACCCAAUGCACCAGGGCAUGCUUCCGUAUGCACACCACGAGCUCGACCAUCAUCGGAUUCGCCGCCGCAUGAGUGCUAUCGAGGCGUACGGCGACGCGCACCAAGUUGCGUACGUCAACGCACAGGCGGGCUUCCCGAGCCCGACAAGCUACGGCAUGGAGGGUGCGCGGUAUACGAUGCCUUCGCCGAGCGAGGAGUCGCAGCAGCAGCAAAUGCGUUACCAGCACGAGGAGGACAUUCAGGAGAUGGCGCGUUUCUACCGGCACUCGCAGCCCCAGGUGCACGAGAUAGGCUGGGCGCAGGCUCAAGGCCAGCAGCAGCAGCAGCACCAUGGCCACGAGCUCCGCCACCACGCGUCGCACCCGCAACUCGGCAACCAGGGCAUGAGCCUCGCGGGGGCGACGCGCCCGCUGCACCCGCACUACCAACUCCAUCCGUCGGCGCAGGCACAGGCACAACAGCCGCCGCCGCACUAUCCACAAUCCGCGCCGAUGUCUGCCCCAUCAUCGUUCUCUUCGCUCAAUCAGUCGGUCGUCCCUCAGUCGCACAACUCCCAGGGCGGCGGCGACAUGCCGCAGCUCGCCGCGCACGUCUCGCUCGGGCGCAACCAGCUCCCGCCAGACAGCACGCUGCUGACGCCGCUGCCCGGGUACGAGCCGGACCCGGAGCUGCAGCACGCGAUGGAUGCGAGCCGCUACGAGACCCACGAAGACGAUGGGUACGCGAGGGGGAGCCCCGGUGAGCGGUACUUGUAG